GAACUGUAAGCCAACAGAAUAUAUCAUCAAGGACAUUAGAUCUUUCCAAGAAAUCAUUGACGACAGUUUCUGAGGAGGAUUUACAAGAAAUUACGUUUGAACCAUCAACUGUAUUACUUGGAUUUAAUCUACUUCAGACUAUCCCUAUUAGUUUUAAAUUAUUUAGAACAAAUAUUACAUGUUUUCAAUUGGAUCACAACAAGUUUACUACUUUUCCAACAUUUGAAGAUAAGUCUAUAGUUUUUCCGAACGUGAGCAGGUUGGAUUUGUCAGCAAAUCAGCUUACCUCCUUACCUGAUGACUCCCAACAAACGCCAUUUCCAAAUUUACAAGUUCUUAACGUUAACAAUUGUCGAAUUGAAUCGUUACCAACAAAAUUUCCAUUUCCUAAACUGACAACUUUUCUUGCCACAUCCAAUUUACUUACAUCUAUUACUCCAUCGACCUUUGAAAAUAUGGAGGUGGUUGAUAUUUCUAACAAUAACAUCAAUUUUUUACCACCCCUAUUGGGUGAUAUUACAACCAUCAAGACAUUACUUGUUGAGGGUAAUUCAUUUCGAGUUCCAAGGUACACAAUAGUACAGCAAGGUACAACCGCCAUCAUGGAAUAUUUACGAGGAAGGAUUCCACGAUAA